CACGUGGGCCCCAACACGCGCCAACAUACGAAUUUAAACUUCGAAUUUAGAAUACGAAAACUUUUUUUUGUAAUUUGAAAUAUUCGAAUUUUGGACAGUGAUUGUGUUUUGUUUUUUAAUUUUUGUUUAAUUAAUGGUUGUUUUGUGUUGGACUUUGAGUGUAAACUUUUUAUGCAAAACUUUUUUUUUAAUUGUGUGACAGUGUUAAUUUAGUGAAGACAUUUUUUUGGUUUUCAAUUUGAUUGAUUUAGUUAUUAACGGCACGAGAAUAGAACCCGCGCCAAUCAGGAGGUAAUCACAUAUUGGUCGGCAAUUUCCUAUACCAUCAAUAAUAACGGGGCAAGUAAACAAUAACAUUAUUUGAUGUUAGAAAGGAACAAACGUACACAGAAGAGGAGGACAAAAGUAAAUCAACGAUCUAAGAAAAUAGAAUUCUCAUACGAAUUGUAAUGGCGGUACAAUAAUCGUGUAAAAGUUCACGAUAGUUGGCCAACGUGAGGCGGUAACAAUACAACAGAGCCAGCGUAUGCAGGAACUAAACAAAUCGAUUUAUAUAUACAUGUUGUACUGAAAUUAGAGGUCGUUGUAAACUGGCCGGUUAUAGCGGUCAUCUCGGCCGAUAGAUAAUGAUCUGUCGAUGAUUUACGCCGCGUUAAACCGACAAUGGCACGAGAUAACCCCCGGCCGCUGCACAAUGUGACCAAUUAGAAACGCGGAACAUUCGCCACGAUGACUAAAAUGAAUGGUAUCAACCUGCCCGAUAUGACCGACCGGGAUCUCACCAUCGAAGACAUUUUCAACGAGAACUUUAAUCUGAAAAGAAAGAAACUACAGAUAGACUACGAAGAACCUAAGAAAAGCCACAUAAGUGAUGACCCUACUAAAUUCGUUGAAAACAACAAUGUAAUAGACAAAAGCGAAGCACCCCAAAAUAUGAAGCGAAAAUCGAAAACUUUUGCCGACAACUACGAUAUCGAUAAGAUAGUACAAUCGAACAUGAUAAUCGAUAAAGAAUCGAGUAAACUAAGACUGGAGAUGAGACAGAUUGGAGAUCUGGAUUACAAAACAAACGGGCACGUCGGUAAUGAUAUUACCGAAGUUGGGUCUGUGGUAGAUAGUAAUGAGUAUGCCAUGAAGAACGGUAAUGAUAUUAGAAUGGAUGGUGGUGAUGAUAAGAUGAUGAACAGCGAAGGCGGUGAUUACAUCAAUGGGAAUGACGAACAUGGGAGCGAUGAGCGGCUGGGCAGUGGCGGGCUCGGGCUCGGCGGCGGCGGGUUCCGCGGCGGCACGCAGCCCUCGCUGGCGGACUUCCAGCCGCCCUACUUCCCGCCGCCCUUCGCGCCCGCGCCUCACCCCGCCAGCCCGCAUCAUCAGCAACAGCAGAGCCAUGGCAUGGAGUACGGCGGCGGCGGCGGCGGCGGUGCGGAGUACGCGCAGCACUACGCGCCGCAGCAGCUACUGCCGCGUCACCACGCUCACCAUGAGCCGCAUGCUCAUCUGCGACAUCAUCGGGACCACCACGAUAUACAUGCGCACCAUUUAUCGCACGGCGGCUUCAGCUACGGCGGCGGCGAGCGGCGCGCGGACUACGGCGCGCGGGAGCAGCAUGAGCUCGCCUUACACCAUGCGCUGCAUUCCGCUGAAGAGACGCCGAAUGCUGGCAUGGAUGAUACUACGGGGUUCAUGACUGAUCUUCCACUAUUAAAAACAAUGAAAGGCCGUGACGGGCUCGGCGGGACGGGUUCCUGUGCACCUAACGACGUGUUCUGCUCAGUCCCUGGUCGCCUGUCACUGCUGUCAUCCACCAGCAAGUACAAGGUGACAGUAGCCGAGGUUCAGAGGAGGCUGUCACCCCCCGAGUGCCUGAAUGCGUCACUACUUGGAGGAGUUCUUAGAAGAGCGAAGAGCAAAAAUGGCGGGCGAUUACUGCGUGAAAAAUUGGAAAAGAUUGGUCUCAACCUGCCGGCCGGACGACGGAAAGCUGCCAACGUUACGUUGCUUACGUCUUUAGUAGAAGCGGAAGCAGUGCACCUAGCCCGCGACUUCGGCUACGUGUGUGAGACGGAGUUCCCUGCGCGCGCGCUCGCCGAGUACCUCGCGCGACAGUACGCUGAGCACGACUCGCGGCGCCGACGCGACUUGCUGUCCGCCACUAAACAGGUAAUAAAGGAGCUGAUGGACCUGCUAAACCAGGACCGGUCGCCGCUAUGCAACACUCGGCCGCCGCACCUACUGGAGCCCGCCAUACAGCGCCAUCUCACGCACUUCUCGCUCAUCUCGCACGGCUUCGGCGGGCCCGCCAUUGUGGCCGCGCUUACGGCUAUACAGAAUUUCCUCAACGAGUCGCUCAAACACUUAGACAAGUUAUAUCCCCAAAGCGGCAUGGUGUCAUCAUCGAUGGACAAAACAAAAAUGGACCCCGACAUCAAGAAGUAACACUUGCGUGACGGCGAUGACGUCGGUCUCUGCAGCAAGGAACUCGCGCAACGAGAACAAACCUCUUGCGAACACUGGCCACUACAGUGGGCCCUGUAUAUCGAAAUUAAAAUUAAAAGUACUGAAUUUGACAUUUGUCUUUACGCCCGCCAUAGAUUGCCAACGGCACAAGACGUGUCAAUUCUAGAACCAAGGUUACUAUGAUAUCUAAGUAAAACUGCCAUACAAAUGUGCGUAUGAACGAAUGCAUGGAGAUUGCGUAUUUAUUUUUAUGAUGAUCUUCGUUAGAGGCGACCCGCAUACAAAUAAAGUGCAAUUAUAAUACUCAUGAUUGUGAGAAUCUGUAAAUAUAGCAUAGAAUACAAAUAGUGUUAUUUAAGCAUUUAUAGCGAAUAAUUUUCAGCUCAACCAGUGAUUUUUGUAAUUUCAAAAUGAAUAUUUUUUAAUAAAAAGUAAAAUACAUAUUUCACAUCCACCGCAAUAAAGACACAUAUCAAUAAUGUAAAUAGUAAUAAUUAUAGAACGAAAGUUUUAUCGUUUGUCACAGAAAUUAUUUCAUACUGUUUUUAGAUUAAAAGAAUAAAACCUCUUUAGUUGUUAAUUAGCUAUAGUUUUGCUAGUAACUCAAUGUGAAAGUGUGCCAAUUAGUUUUAAUUAUGGAAACACCAUAACGGGUUCCCGAAAAUUAAGUAUUUAAUUAAUAUUUAUUGUGGCUUGUACAUAAUACAUAUAAAAUUACUAUUCACUUGCCUAAUAUUUAGUUUUUUUCUAAAGUUAUUCUAGUAUUCGACAUCUAUCUCUUACUCCAAACUUUUAUUCAAGUGUUUGGUGUUUGUAUUUCUACCUUACAUACAUUUAAAUUUUAUUUGAUCCAAAAUGUGAUUUUUGAAGUCAACAAAAAGUUUUUGAAUUAUCACAGGAAAACCACAGAAGCGAGAGAUAUAAAACAUUUUCUGCGACCUGUACUAAUGUACCACAUUUUAGACAAAAUAUUGAACUUUCUUAAGUUAAGCCACUUCAGGAUCCUCAAUUGACAGAGCCCAAUGCCCAAUUUCUGACUAAAUUCCUGUCAGUAAUUAUAAUAGUGUACAAUGAGGUAAAAGAUAAGUACCACUUGUACGGUUUUGUGUAACCCCAGGGUCAGAAAUUCACCAAUUUAACUAAACUGAACCGCUGAAAGAACGCUAUAAUGGAGUUUUCAUAUUUCUAUCAUAACGUUUGUGAUUAAACUUUUUAAGAACGAUUGUAACGGCAUCUUUCGCCUGAGCUACAAUAAUGCACUGUGCUCUCUAAAUGUUAAUAAUCUGUGUCAUUAAAAAUAAAUAAUCUCUGUAAGAAAGGAUCUGCUUGUAACAAAUAUAAAUCCCGAUAAAAGAGAAUGUUAUUUUUGUAUAGUUGAUAAUAUAGUCAGGAUAUUUUUUUAGACAACAGACUAAGUCAAAAUAGUUUUUGAAUAUAAAAUGUAAGCCUUGGUAACAUUGAAAACCUCGGCAGUAUUCACACUUUCAAAACAUUUUCGAAUUAAAUUUAUAUUAAACUAACGAGCACUGUAAUUUUUAAGAUUGUCUUAAUUUGUUUUCAUUUUGUAAUAGUUAUAAAAUUUUGAAUUUGAAUUUACCAUUGUGUACUUAAAUUUUGUUUCGUGGAGUAAAGAAUGAUGU